AUGAGCACAAGAUCUUCUAAAUCUAUGAAGGACAGACGUCGAAGUUCCGGUGCACUUUCAACACAUUCUCAGCAGAAACCGAAAAAAUGCAUUGGAGAGUAUGUUGUUGGUAAAACUCUCGGGAAAGGUGCAUCAGGAAGAGUCAAACUAGGUGUUCAUAGACAUACAGGUGAACAAGUAGCCAUAAAAAUUAUCAGCAAAGCACACUUAGCUGCCAAUCCUGCCAUUGAAAAAGCAGUGAGACGUGAGAUUGCUAUUAUGAAAUUAAUUCAUCACCCAAAUGUCAUGUCAUUGAUCGAUGUUAUUGAUGAUCCAUCUUCUUCUGACUUAUAUCUCAUAUUGGAAUACGUAGAAGGUGGUGAAUUGUUUGAAUACUUGGUCAGUAAGGGACGCCUAAGCGAAUCAGAGGCUCGGCAUCACUUUCAGCAAAUUAUUUUGGGUUUAGACUAUUGUCACCAUCAUCUUAUUUGCCAUCGUGAUCUCAAGCCUGAAAAUUUGUUAUUAAAUUCGAAAAACAGUAUUAAGAUUGCUGAUUUUGGUAUGGCAUCACUCCAACCUCUUGGUUCGAUGUUAGAAACAAGCUGUGGUUCUCCUCACUAUGCUAGUCCAGAAAUUGUUGCAGGAAUGCCAUAUCAUGGUUCUUCAUGCGAUAUUUGGUCUUGUGGUGUCAUUCUGUAUGCUUUAUUGACAGGACAUUUGCCAUUUGAUGAUGAAAAUAUCAGAAAUCUAUUAAAAAAAGUCAAAUCAGGUAAAUAUGUUAUGCCAGACAAUAUUUCUCGCUCUGCCCAAGAUCUCAUUCGACGUAUUUUGGUUGUUGACCCUUCUAAAAGAUUAAAUAUGCAACAGAUCAUGUCACAUACAUGGUUUAGACAAGUAGAGCCUGAUAAUAUAGCUAUACUGCCUGUACCUCCUACAGAAAAAGAAAUAGGUCAACCCGUUGCUGAUGCUUCCGAAAUCGAUGAUCGCAUCUUAGAGACAAUCAAAUUUUUAUGGGGAGAAAGGAGCGAUCAAGUAGUCAUUGAUGCAUUGAUACAAAAAGAGCACAAUAUGCAGAAAGUAGUAUAUGUAUUGCUGCAGCAACAUGCUGAAAGAUACUGGCAAGCAGACCAUGCUGAGGAAAGUGAUGAUGAUGACAGCUACACAGAUACUCCCCAGCGCAGAUACCGUACUAUAGGUCGUAGAUCUGUCAGAGACAAGAAAUAUAUAUCUGCUACAGAAAGUCAUACUUCUGAGUAUAGUCCAAAGCCUACAUACCAUAAUCGACCUACAGUGCCUUGGAUUCCUGAUAAUAAACACAAAGUUUCUAGACGUCAAUCUGCCGCUACCAUUAGUACAGAACGUCCUGCUAUCAUUGAUCCACCACCUACCCCUCCUUUGCCUUCUCAUGUAAAAUCUGAAAAGAUUAAAAAGAGCGAGACCUUUUAUACAAAAUUUGUCAAAAAUGUCUUGUCUCCUCGUCGACAAGCAACUACUAGAGAUGAGCCUAUAGUAAAAGAAGCGCCUCAAACUCCAACUCCUACUUCAAAGCCUAUCGCUGCAACAAUCGCAGGUACUUUUCGACGCAAGAACCCCUUUCAAAGAGCACCAAUCAAUACCACUGAUUUCGAAAUCUCUACAAGCCCUAAACCUACCACUACCACUACCACUGCUGCCACACACCGUUUCACCAACUCAACUGUAUUGCACCGUAAUAAGAUUGAUCCUAGUUUAAUGGAAGACCAGCCCAAGAAAUAUGUUACCUUAAACUCAAAGAAGCUUUCACUUCAUAUUCCGAAUGCUUUCAAGUCUAAUGAUGGUACGAAGAAGUUUGGCUUUACACUUGGUAGCACUCGCAAGCAAAGAAAGCAGCUGGAUCUGUCUAUCUUUCAACAGGACCCAAGUAAUUUACAACCACCACCUGCACUAUUAUCAGACGAAAGUACGUUAAGUAGUAGUAGUAUCAGCACAUGUUCUAGUAGUACUCACGGUAGUUGUUAUCAAGUACUUUCAAAGACUGCAUGCAAAACGAACAACACUAAUAAGCAUUCAGCUCAAAUGCUUCUCCAACGCCGGUCUAGCCAGACCUCGUUCAAAUCGGUAGACCGAAGAGGCAGUAAUGUCAGUACUUGUACUCUGGGUGGUCAUCCUCGCACAAGUCAUUCUAAUCGACCUAUCACACCUAGCUUGCUUUCAAAUAGUUCUACUAUUACUUCUCCUCCUAUGACACCUACUGCUACAAUAACACCAACUCAACAGCCUCCUAAGGCUUCAUGGCUUCAGAAUUUAUUCUUUUUCAAGCAACCCAAGGUUUGCUCUCUCGUUGUCUAUAGUACAGAUACAGUGGGUAUCCUAAAAACAUUGCACCGAUUAAUGAACUUGACAGCAGAAGCUCGUUUUUAUGAAAAAUGCGAUCGCUUAGGCGUUGCACGCUAUAAAGCAGAGAUAAGAACAAAGGCCACUCAAGGUGGUAAAAUACGACAAGUGAAAUGUAGAAUUGAAUUGAUCAUGUCAGACUUAGACUCAUCUAGUUGUGUUGUUCAAUUCACUCAACAACAAGGUGAUGGUGUACUUUUGAAUUUAACUAUUCAACAAUUGCAAGAUGCCGUUUUAAAGGAGUAUCCGUACGACUUAAUUUUAGCUUCAGAAUCAUAUAAAGAAAUUACUGGUUCGCAUGAAGAUAAUAACAUGUAA